AUGGCCGAAAUGACGAAGGAAGGAGCGAAACUCCAUCCGUUGGUUAUAUUUUACGAUAGCGAAGCUGCUUACGGAAAUGUCUACCGUGGAGAUAUCAUUGAAAUUGCUGCCAGAUGCCACCCUGAUGUAGUGAAAGGUUCAUUUCAAACUCUGAUUAACACAAAUCAACCCUUGUGCGCUUUCGGUAAGUGAACUCCCGUGAUAAAAUUCAUCGCUGUGCGGUGUUGAAAAUCUACGCUGUCAGCAAGUUUUUGGCUGUUUUUAAUACUGUGCAAUUGCUUAAGAGGAAGAGCUUUGUCCUUCUACUGCUUACUGCAAUUAUGGCGUCUAAGGGUUUAUUUAAGCUUGGAAAAGCUCUAAUGUUCGGAAAAACCGAAAGUGUACUGGCGGUAAGCUUAAAAUCAGUUAUACACGGCCUCGUUAUUGUGUGUAUAGCGUGGCAGUGGUACAGAAACGGAAGUCAUGCGAAGAAAGUGCAACGAAGAGCCAAAUUAUUGUUCCUUCCUUUUUAUCUAGUCCUAAAUACCAUCUUGUCCUGAAUUCUGAGUCGUUCAGCAGAAAGAACGUCAUUAAACGUCCAAACUGCGUAAAAUUCUUCUGAACGUUUGACGACGCUAUGCGCUUGCAUGCGGUUUGUUGGCAUUUCCGGCAUGUAAAUUAUUAUAAACGUUCUGUUUUGUUCACGCUGAGUGAAUUUCAUGUUACUGAAUUCACAUCGUUUAGAAGGACGCUGACAGGUUUUUUUUUAUUAUUAUUAAGGAAUGGUAAAUACGUUUGAUAAUUUUGAACCUAAAAACUUCCAAAAUCGAUUAAAACUGAGGAAAGUUAUGCAAUCAAUGUAGUGACUCAAAACUAAACCUGAGAAAGUUUACUGUUUAAGACUUAGGCUUAUAGUUUCAAAUUAUGUGGAAUGGAGUAUAAAGGAUAUCUAAAGGUAUGCCCUUUCAAUGAAAGCCAUUAACGAAAUUUCUUUUAAAAAUUAAUGUCGUUUGUUUCUGUCAAAUGCCCGGCCAAUCAUAAAUUUUAAUUGAAUUAUACUAGUACAAUGUAAUUUGGUGAAAGUUGCCUUGUAACGACAAAAAGCCUCUGGCAGCUUUCAUUUUGAACCAAGAAGCUGAAAACAUAUUUGCAAUUUAAAAUUCCUGCACAUAUAUUUAGCUUUUAUAAUAGGUUGAUUCCUGGGGAUUAUAUUCCUUUAUAGAAAGUUACUUUGAAGAAAGUUCUGGAAGCAUCUUUUACUGUUGUUACUUAAUAUUCUACUAAACAGCUACUAACUUAACAAUAUACACAGCAAAUUCUCUUUUUAAGCUUGCAAAUCAAUAUUGUAAAGUUGCUGAAUUACUGUAUUUCCAAGCAUAGGUUGGUUGCUGAAAGAGUUUUUCUGGAAAUGUCCCAAGUAAUUAACAUAGUUGAGUUCCUAUUUCUAGCUAAGCUGCUUGCCAUAAAUACAUUAAUACUAUAAAAAGCUUCAUGCAUUGAUAAAAGUGUUCUUUGCUAGUAACAUCUCUGUAUUGAAAGAAACUAAGUAGGAAUUCAGGGCUUUCAAUAAUAUUUAAAGUUGCCUGGUAUAUGAAAUUAGUAGCAUUAUUGAGCAGCUAGGAAGUUAUAUUUUUCUUGCUCUAAACAUUAAGAGAAUAGCAGGUAAAUACUGCCAAAAAAUUGUUUUAAAUAUGAGCCUGACAUGAAACUACUAAUUAUUAUUUUUUGUGGGGAUAAAAUAAGCAAUGAAUAGCAAGUAAAGGGAAAAUGUUGGUCACAUGGUACAAAUUGACAUUCACUGUUUGCUGUAAAUGUGAUUCUAAAUCUCUUUAACCCUUUAAGCCCCAAUAUCCACAUACAAAUUCUCCAAACUGAUCUUGAUAUAUUUCCUAAAAGAAUGAGUUUAGAAAAUUUGAUAAAAGAUCAAAGCAUUUUCUCUUAAGUGAUUAUUUUAUUAAUUCUCAUAACCUAAUCUUUUGACAAUCUAUGAAUAUUGUUGGAAGAAAAUUGAUGUUGGUCACUAUUUCGAAUGAAAGGGUUAAUGUUAUUUUAUUUAGUUAUGUACCAGAAGAACAAUGUCUUUUCAAGUGAAGGUGUGAAUAGGUAUUUUAUUACUGUAUAUUUUCAUACGACACAAGUGGUUUAGUGCUCUUCAGAUACAACAUUAUGAAAUUAUUAUUGUAUAGUUAUUACUGUUACUAAUAAUAGUUAUUAUUGUAUAGUUAUUACUAUUACAUUAGUUAUUACAUUAUUACAGUAUAGUUUUCACAACAGUAUGCAAUGAUUAAAAGAACUUGUCUUUUGUUAUUUUUAAAAAUGUUACAGCAACAAAAGAAUGUGCUAUUUCAAAAGAAGACCUCAAGGACCAACCCUUUUUCCAAGAUGUACUGAACGAAUUUCUUUUUUGGAUUGAUGAUAUGGUUAAACUAGCAAAAAAGAAACAUGGCAAGUCAUUUGUACCAGGUAAGAUGCCAGUUUACAGGACUGUGAUAUACAGUAGUAUUAUCAACAAAGUCUUUUCAUUUCCUUUAGGAGGUUCUUUGUGUACUUGUUACUUGUUUACCAUUUAUAUGGGCAAACUGGUUGGUUCUCGGUUUGGGCAAAGGGUAAACAAAAGUUAGGGCAUCUAAUCCUGAAAUUGCAUUUAAUCUUUUAAAAUCUUCUCAAAUUAAAUCCGUUUCAUUGAUUAAAAAAUGGUCACAAGAUCCAGGGGCUCAUUCUCAACAGUCGUGAUAAUUUCUUGGGCCCAUGAAAAAUCAAAUAUUCAAAUCAAAAUCUAAAGAAUAACAGUGUCAGUCCUAUCUAACAAACCAGGCCAUUUUGUUUUGUUAACUGAUAGUUUAUGAAAUAAUAAUAAAUUAUUAUUAUUACAAUAAUUGCCAAGCUUUUGAAACCUGGAUCUUGAUUGUAAACAACAUCAGCUUUCUGGGCACGUAUCAGGACUUUCAAGAAAUGGAUUCCUUAACUAGUUUCAAAGAUGACGUUUGACAAGAGCAAAAGGAAUAUCCGUUUGCAACAUCCUGACCAAGCAAACAAUACAAACUUAAUGCAAACAUCCCAUUACUCCUUGAAUUUUCCAGGGGAACAACCUAAAAAAGAUUGUGUUCCAUUUGCUUUCCAACAUAGACUAUCAAUACCCCGGCUCUUAAUGUCAGCCCUUACAAUGUACAUGUAGCUCCCCAUGCUUCUGUGAUAUUACAAACAUCAAACCCAAGAGAAAGGUUUCUUUUAAAUUUUGUCUUAUUCAGGUGCAUAUGUAUGUAUAUGUAGUUAAAGAAGUCUAUUGUAAUACUUCCAAUUUACAUAUUUUUUUUCUUAAUUCAUAAAAAAUUAUUUUCUUGCAGUCUUAUGUGCACACCAUGGAUAUCAGUUUGACUUUUUAAUUUUGUUGAGUAACAUGGAGAGAUCUGGAAUACAUCACACCAUUCUCUCACAGCACAAUGUUCAUUUUGCAGAUAGCUUGUUAUUCUGCAGUGAGGUUGGUAAACUUGGAAUAUUGUAAUACAUUACAUGUAUUGUUGCAAACAUUUAUCUGUAUACCUUUUUUUUUAUUAACCCUCAAAUAAGCAUUCCUUAUCAUCAUCGUCAUCAUCAUCAUUAUCAUCAUCAUCAUUGUCAUCUCAUUAGGCAAGCAUGGCCUUAAGGUGACUUUUCACAAAUGAUGGCUAUGUCACGGGUUUUCUCCCAACUGUUCCAAUAGAAAUUCAUGAACCUCUCUUCCCCUGCUAAUCUACAUGAAAAUCGUGUUAUCCUGGGCCUGCCUAGCUACAUAUGUCCUACCAAAUGCAAGCCACAUGUUUCCUUUCCUCCUCUACCUCCUCUUGUUCACUUUUUUACUGACACAGAGUUUGGUUAUUCUCUCAUGGUUGCCAUGGGUUAGGAAAUGGUCAGGGUAGAAAACAUUUCUCUAAAGUCUCCAAGUCAGGGAAAAUUUAAUACUUUGAAAGAAGUCAGAAAAAAAGUGAAAUUUUCUUCCAACUUGCCAUGCGCUAAAAGCAUGGUUCGAGUUAGCAAGGGUUUGAGUUAUGGGGAGUCAACUGUACAUUUGUACAUUUUACGGACAUGAAUUAUGUUGUAUGUCUAGUAGAGUAUUGUUCACAAAAUCGAACAACACACUGCUGUUAGGUUUUCAAGAAAAUCAAUCCUUUUUGCACAUUAUGUUAAGGAACUAUCAAUUCACGUGCACUGUACAGUCUUGCUGAAAGCAUAAAUAAAUGGGUGGAGGGGAUGGCUGUGAGGGGAGCGUUAAGUCCUUUAUCAGAUUAACAUGUGCAAUUGUUUAUUCAAUUGGUCAGGGAAGUUUUACAUUUGUCCGUAGAAUGUUUUUGUGGUAACCAUGUGACUGCUACAUUUAUUUGAGAUAAGUCAGGUCCCAUAUCUGUGGCAUAACAGCUCUGCAUACCAGAAUUUAAUCCAGGGUAAGGGCUGCUGGGUGGAAUAUGUAUUAAGUGAUUUGAAUUUUUGUUUUGUUUCAUCACUUGUGGAUCACACAAAAUUAUUAAUAAACUAGAUAAUAUACACGUAUGGGCAGGAGAUCUGAAAUGGGUUCAUCACUCAAAUUGUUAUAUAUUAGCGGAGCUCGCACAAAGCAUGAAGCACCAUGGGAAAGAAAAUUUGGUUGGCUAUACAUCCAAGAAAUUUUGUUUCUGAGAAAAUCCUACAUACAUCCACCCUUUCAUGUAAGCUGGGGUGAAAUUUCACAUUUCAAGCACCCGCACAUUUCAGCAGUAAAUCACAUGUCCACCCUGGGCUUUUAGAGAGAAAAAAAAACAACAACAAUGCCGGGUCUUUCUUUCAACUAAAUUUUAAUGUCUACGCUGUGGUGAAUAACAGAGAAAGAGCUAGAGCAGUGAGAUACAAUGUAAAAACAAAGGAGAGCAAUUUCAUGGGAAGAAAAACAUGGAAAUUUUAUAGUGGCGGUGAGAAGAUGAGAAAUGCUAGUGGCUACGUAGAUGAAAAUGAGUGGCAGUGAAAAAAAAGCAAACAGUACACAUAUGACAUUUCCUCCAUAAAAUGGGUAACUAGGAAGUUUCUGGAACUGGAAGUGUCACUUUGUAGUCAUGCAAAACAGUGGCAAAUGUACAAAAAAGAAUGCUUCCACAUGCAAAGUUGUUUUUUUCUGCAAAUUAGACCUAAUGAUAUUUUUUUGCCAUUGCUUUCGUCACUUAGCAUUACACAAUUUUAUAUUUUGCUUGAGUAAACUGUAAAUAUUAAAGAGAGUUUCACUUUUAGCCCAGGCUACAGUAAAUCUAUAUACUUAGAUGAGACAUGCAUGAGCAGGAGAUCUGUACAAUGGGAGUAUUUUAUGGCACAGGCAAAAUGAAACAAUUAGUCAAGAUCUGUAUCAAAGUUAAUGAAGGUGCACCUGACUGAUAGUUAAUCCUUUUAUGAUUUCUUUACUUGUAGUUGAAAGAGAGUGGAGAAAAGUUAUUAAAUCGCACCAAACUUUCACUUGAUGGACUGUUCAGAAAAUUUUUUCCAGGAAAACGUUUCAAAGGUAAUAGAUCAUACAAUGUGUUUUUUACCUAAUGGUUAAUUUUUUUCGUUGAAUAAUUGCAUCCCCCUCUCCACUAGACAAAUUAAAUACAAUGUAAAUGUUAAUUUGAGCAUAUACAUGUACAGUCAGUAGAUUCUUGCAUUAAAAAAUUAAAAUGGAGGCAAAGGGCCUCUUUGCUUACUGCCAAGAAAGUUGAGACUCUAUCAUUGUGAUGCAACCACUAGCAAUAAUAUUAUUCUAUACUAGUAAUAACCAAAGGUUACAGAGUGCAGGCGACAAUGAUCAAAGUCAAUUUGCUUUUGCUCCAACGCCGUGUGUUUUCUGUAAGUUUCACCUGAUGGAUAGUCAAAACACGCAUGAUCAGAUUACUAGUGAUAGAAGGUCCAAGCGUGCGUGAUCAAAUUGCAUUCUUUGCAUUCCAUUCAUUCUUAUUGGAAGUCUAUACAAAUGCUGGCUACAUACAUGUGACGCAUGCAUAAUAACAACCUGGAGAUUAGGAUUGCGGGCAUCUCUUGCCACCCGCAAUUAUAUUGUUAGGAAGUGGGUAAUAGCCUAAUCUUAACUUUUGUCACCAUUCUAUUUUGCUAUUGUAGACAGACAUAGAGCUAUGGGUGAUGUGGAUGCAAUGGUGGAUAUUUUUACUCGCACACCAUUAAAGAAACUGCUACAUAAUAUGAAGUACUCAUCAACAAAAGACAGGUCUGUGCCAUUUAGAUAAGACCUUUUAAAUGUUUUUUCUUCAAAUAUUUUAGAUUCAAAUUCUUCAGCAAGUGAGCUAUCCAUGACCGAAAUUCUGAAACCUAGACGAGAGGCUGAGCCCACCCAAUAGCUGAUCAUCAAGGGUUUUAUUUUGAUCUUGAAGUUUAGAUAAUCUUCUGUACAUCCGUGUGUAUGAGUACAUAUCCUCGUCAUGACAAGUCUUACAGCUGCAGGUGACUGCUCAUGGGGAGGUUGGAUAAAUGUCAAGCACUUCAAGGAGUCAAACUAUUGACAAGUAACAGAAACCAAGACAAGGAGGUUUUCUUUGGUGGAAAAUCUCCAUUUUGUUACAAUCUAUUGAAAAUUCUGGUGCCACUGUGCUAUUUUUCAUGUCGACUUUUGUAUAAAGACAAAUUAUUGAUUUCUUGUUGUGUUUGUUUGAAAAUCAAAUGUCACUAUGUACUAAGGUACAUGAUUUCCCUUUUUUUUUCAAUUGUAGAUUAGAGUAUUACAUUUCGCAGAGUGGCUUGAAACAGCAGCAAGCAAUUUUAGAAGGUAAGUGAUCAUGCAGAUCAGGUGUUUAAAUAUUUGUGCAUGAAUUGUUGUCAUAACGGUCGGAACACACUGAUUCACAAGUUGCACCAACACGUCGCGGCACCAGAGCACUCUUUGCAGUUCAGGCGACACGUCACAACAACAAAUUGCUUUGUGGGUACUGCUCCCAGGGGUAGGGGCAUUGUCUGAGUCAUUUAUUUACUAUUUCGCUAGCCAAUUACACCAUUCGUUCUCAGAUCUUCGUGGGGCUGCCUUAUGUUAUCAGUUGUAAAAAUACCGUAUAAGUUUCAAUUGAAUUUUUAAUUUUAUUCGUAAUUUUUUAACACUUUUUAAUCUUUAUAUGGAAGUAGAUCAUCGCAGUUAUAGACGCAACCUUUUGCAUUUGCGAAAAGAAAGGCUUGUACGGGAUUCGAACCCUUGACCUCUGCUAUACCGGUGCAGCGCACCGGUGUAUCGCAGUUUGUGUAUCACAGAGGUCAAGGGUUCGAAUCCUGUACAAGCCUGAAUUUUUUUUCAGGCUUUAUUUUCGCAACUGCAAAAGUUGCUUCUAUAACUGCGAUGAUCUACUUUCAUGUAAUUCUUCACCCGGCAGUUCACAUAUAUGAUUUUCAUAUAUUCAUAACUUCGCUUGUUAAUCUUCUUGUCCCUUUUGUUCUGCCUUAGAUAAUUUUUGUAAGCUGGAUGCAUGUAGCAAGAACAUGGCGAUCAAGAAGUUGCUGAAAGAGGGGGUUACAUAUAACUCUCUGAGAACAAUCUUUGAAGAGUGCUGCUCCUUCUUAGAUUUUUUUGAAACUAUGAAAAGUUAUGGAAUUGAACGCAAAGUGGCUAAAGUCAUGGCCUUGCACUUUAGCGGGAAAGGAUUUCACAACCAGGGAGCUAAACCAUAUUCAAAGCUGCAUGAAGAGAAAACUACUGCAGACGAGUCGACAGGAGAUCAAAGUAGUGGAGAUCAUUCCGUGCAGCAAAAGAACUCGGAAUGUGUACAGCAAGUAAAGUUGGCUACUGAAGAAAGUCGGCCUGAAUCUAAAUCGUGUGACCAGGAUGCGGGGGGUGGCGAAGACUGGGAAAGAGAAGCAGCUACUGCAAAGCGUCAGAACUUUACUCUGAAAUGUACUACCUCCACUCCUCUGAGCCUUAUGGAUGAAGAUUUUUCAUCCACUUCAGUUGCAAAAACGACGAAGGAACUGAGUCCGAAAGAAAGGCGGCAAAAGCCAUCUGCAAAUACUGGUUCCAAGGUUACGCAUUCUCCUUCUGAAGCAAGUGAGUGUCGAAAAUCUGAUAGCAUUGGCAAGAAGCCUCAAAGUAAUGUCGCAGAAGCUGAAGUUAGAACAAGGUCAUCUACUCCAAAGUCAAGUACGGAGUCGAGGGAAAAGAGGCGUGGCACAUUAAACAAACCUGUAAAAAGUAACAAAAGGGACCCCAGGGCUAAGCGAGAGACAGUAGACUUGUCCCAGGAAAGCACAAAGGAGUUAAUGAAGGGGAAGAAAACAAAAUCAAAAGGUAGACCUCAGGAAACACCAGGUGAUAAGAAGACUAAACCAAUUGUUAGUGACAUUUCUUCAAAUGAUUAUGAAGCAGUAGCCGAGAUCAAACAGAAAUCCCAAGGCCCAUCUUGUGAUCUGAGUCCAUCCUCAGAUCAAGAUUCAACUGUGAAGUUGGAUGAAGAGUCACAUCCGACAGUCGUCUCCAGCCUUGACAAUGAUGGCUCCGAAAAAAGGGACGGACAAAAUUUCACCCGUAUUUUUGUAGGCGACAUCGCUAUUCUUGUUCCGGUUGACGACAAUGAAGUUUGUGAUUCUCUCACAAAUGAAUUACGUGACACUAAUUCGGAUAGGCAAGGCGAGCUCGAAGAAACUAGUGUUGCUGACAAUGUUAGAAGCGGGGAUGCAUCCUCCGUAUGCUCAGGAUCGUCAGCUGUUGCUGUGAAACCUGUACAAAUGGAAACUACGAUUCUGUGUGAAUCUAAUUCAACUUCUCCACCAUCACCUCGCGGAACUCUCUCAACUCGCCAUGAAGACUCAGCCCAUCUUGACAGUAUUCCCCAGCAUACUGAAGUGGUUGAUAAGGAGCAAGAUCAGAGUUCCAAGUGUGAGGAGACUCUUGUACUGGCUUCAGGCUGUGACGGUAAUCAUAGCCAGAUGGAACCUGAAUUUAAAGCAAUAGCAUCAAGCGAAAGGAAUUGUUCUAAAGGCUCCAGUGAAGAGGCCGGGGUAUGCGGCGACGACAAAAGCGUCAUUACUGAUAAGACCACUUCAAAUGGUAACGAGGCCGUGUUUGCCAUAGAGGAAACCAGAAACCAAGUUGAAAGGAAUGAUCUCAGUGUGACCGUUGCUACUGUCCAAGUUCAAGCACUCCAAGUGGAGAUUGAGGCAAAUCACCCGGAGUCGGUGACUGGGGAGAAUGGCUUCAAAAGUGGUCCGUACAAAGAGCUGGAACAAACGCCACUUGCUUCUCUGUCGGACGAUUCCUUAGACCAGGUAUCGUCUGGACGAUUUGUGAUGAGUGAAGGAUUUGCUUGUCAGGACAUGAAUACAGAUGAAGUGGACGAAAAUCGGCGUGAUCUAGAGGCUGAACUUUCAUCAGAUACCAGUAGUACAAGUGACGAGUCUUCAGUGGAUACAUUUUCACGUCAACCUCCACUCGGUGCAGAGCGAGGGUUUACACCCGACACAGUGCAACAGUAUGCUCAUCAAACAGCGUGGGUCGAGAGCAUGAAUGAAGGAGUACAUCCGAUGCCUUAUGCUACAGGUGUGAAUUAUCCACAUGGAUCUUUUCCACCUUAUGCUAACCCGUAUGGAACAUUUUAUCAAACACAACAGGCCCUUCCUCUUUUCAAGCCUUAUUUCUCAUCAUUUGGUUACCCCAAUCAGAUUCGACCCAUGGUUUCACCCCACGUUUUGCAGCCCCAGUCUCAGAUAUUCCUGCCGCCAUACCAUCAGUACAGAAAUCAAGUGAUGAUGCCUGGUGCAGUCCAGCAGGUUACUGGAUUUCCUUCAGCCGCUGUGCAGCCAUCGCAGUUUCGACCACAGGUUUACCAGGUUUUGCAAGGACCCUCUGGUUAUACGUACCCUCCUGUGCCACUCUACGGCAAUCCCAGCCAGCAAGCUCAAGAAUCGGCAAGUUUGCUGUUUGACGCUGAAAGUACGAAACCUCAACAUAUUCUGGCCCAAGCGUCCCCAACGCCUGAGUUUGCAAGCCCAACAAUGGGUGAGGAGAAAGACGAAUCUGGUUCUGAGUUAUCGUUGUCUACCUCCAGCGGUAGUCCAUUCGAAAUAAUCACUUUACCUGCGAGCGAUUCCUUUCGUCCAUUGUGCGACUACUCCGCCCUGCGUGAAGAAUCGUUUUCUGGACAAUUGGAACCUGAGUUUGAGAACUCACUGUUAGUGGCAAACGAAGGCUGUAAUGUUGCUCAGGUCUUGAACUCAGGUGUCAAGGAGAUGGCUAACGAUAAUGAUAAAUACGUGGACGAUACUAAAGACUCGGGUUAUUCAAAACAAUCAAAGGAGUAUUCGAGCCAGUCUCUGCCUCAAGAUAAAGUGGACUCUGUCCAUAAGCAGAUCACUAUCUUGUCCCGAGAUGAGAGUAUAGUGGCUAUGGAAAAACGGCUUUCACCUGAUGGGAGCUGCGUGGACACUGGUGGUGUAGAUUUUGUAAGCGACACCAUUUUUGUACAGAAAGUGGGAAGCGGCUUGGAAGAAGAGACCGCGUGUCAAAGAACUUUGCAAGAUCAAUCACAAAACAACGGUGAUUAUAGGCCAAGUAGUGAAUCAGUAAAACCCAAAUGUCCAUCUCCAAAGCCCCAGCGGAUCAAAGGAAACCUUAGUAGGAGGAACAAACCUGCAAUUUCCCAACCAGUUUCUGGCCAAAAUGCUGGUGGAGGUUCAGGUGAUAUCACGUCCGUUUCUGAUCCAGCUUCAGUUAGAGAGUCAUUACCAUUAAAAACACUUGAUCAAAAUAGAAGUGAAUCCGCUGUAACGUACGGUAAAAAGACUAAAACAACUCGCAGUCCCAAAACUGUAAGGUUCUCAAAUGAACCCACUGAACAUGAAUCGACGUAUGGUAAUUCCCGUGCUACCGCUGAUGACAAUAGCCAGUCCUCGUGUAGCCGAGGCCAAAGGACGGAGUCUUUGAGAAUGGAUAAACGUCUUGCUUGUAGGCUGUUAGAAGGCAAAUCACAAAGGCAUACAAAAGAAAGAACUCUUGGCACAGAGUCAACACCGGUCUAUGACAAGAGAAACUCGAGGAAAAGAAUUAAUAACAGAAUGAGGAGGCCAUACGGCGAGAAAAACAGACCACCAAAACAUCCUCCAAGUGCAGUGAAAGCAGAAACGGAUGCUAAAAUAGACCCGAAUAACAACAGAGGAUAG